AUUUUUUUCAAGAUAAAAACCAGGAAAAAAAGAAAAAUAAGAAAAGUGUUUUUGAAGUUCGCAUUGUGGAGUUAAUAGCUACAGCACCAGAAAGAGUCAAUGGCACACACACAAAUACACACAGUAGUAGGUCAUCGUCAACAUCAAAAUCAAUCAUAGAGAGGUAUGUUUUGAAGUAAAUGAGCAAUUGAUCUGGUCGGUUUUGCUUUAAUUCAGUCUCUCAUCUUGUUAAAAUUGGGGGUUUUUUGAGGAUAUCUUGAUUCUGAAAUUAGGGUUUUUUCUUCCCCCUUUGACCCGUCUUCUUCCUUCGUUCUGGAUCUAGGGUUUUGAUUUCACCUUUAUGUUCUGCGUCUAGGGCUUGGAAUUUUCUUGAAUCUUGAUUCGAGGAGGGUCCUUUUUUCUGGGUUUUAUAAAAUCCGUUGUGGGGUUUUUUUUGGCUUUAUUAUCUCGUCUUUCCUGUUCUUCGUGAUAUUUCUGUAGACAGCUGCAUUGACCUUUCUAUUGUUGAGAUUUUUUUUUCUUUUCUUGUUUUUCUCAAAUUUCAACUUUGUUCUUCUCUGACAUUUCAUCUUUGAUUUGUGUUCUUCAUUUGGAAUCGGGGCUUGAUUUGUGUUGACCGAAUUAGGGUUUUUAAGAUAAAUUAUUCGAUUUCGAAUGUUGGAAAGUUGAUUCCCUUUUGCUUUUAUUCGGAAGUGGAAUUAGGGUUUGGCUUUAUGUGUAAAUAAGCCAACUUUCCUUUUUGAAAACUCAGAUUGAUUAGCUUAUGAGCUCAUAAACCUGCUUUGAUGCAUCUUUCACUAUGGAAACCAAUUUCUCACUGUGCCUCAUUGAUCUUGGACAAGAAAAGCAAAAAGAAAAAUGGUUCCUCCGAUCACAAUUCCUCAGAUGAAAACAAGAAAAACCCAUCUGUUCUUCGAAGAUUACAAGAACACAAACUCAGAGAAGCUUUAGAAGAAGCUUCCGAAGAUGGAUCCCUUAUUAAAUCCCAAGAUAUUGACUCCGAAUCUGCAGUCAACAACAACAACAAUCAAGAUGACAACGGCCUCGGAAGAUCUCGAUCUCUCGCAAGACUCGAAACCCAAAAGGAAUUCCUCCGAGCAACUUCCCUCGCCGCCGAUCGAACAUUUGAAACCGAUGAUUCCAUCCCCGAUCUCCAUCAAUCGUUCAACAAGUUCCUCACCAUGUACCCAAAAUACCAAUCUUCAGAAAAAAUCGAUCAUUUAAGGUCAGAUGAUUACUCCCAUCUCUCAGAAUCCAUCUCAAAAGUCUGCCUCGAUUACUGUGGAUUCGGUUUAUUCUCUUUUCUUCAAACGGUUCAUUACUGGGAAUCCUCAACAUUCAGUUUAUCAGAAAUCACCGCCAAUUUAAGCAACCACGCCCUGUACGGCGGCGCUGAAAAAGGAACAGUCGAACACGAUAUCAAAACCAGAAUCAUGGAUUACUUAAACAUCCCAGAAAGCGAAUACGGACUUGUGUUCACAGUAAGUCGAGGCUCUGCUUUCAAACUUCUCGCUGAAUCUUACCCUUUUCACACAAACAAAAAGCUUCUCACCAUGUUCGAUCACGAAAGCCAAUCUGUUAACUGGAUGGCUCAAAGCGCAAAAGAGAAAGGCGCAAAAGUUCAAAGCGCGUGGUUCAAAUGGCCGACUCUUAAACUCUGUUCCACCGAUUUACGUAAACAAAUCUCCAACAAAAAGAAGAAAAAAAAAGAUUCAGCUGUCGGAUUGUUUGUUUUUCCAGUCCAAUCAAGAGUCACCGGAGCAAAAUAUUCAUAUCAAUGGAUGGCAUUAGCUCAACAAAACAACUGGCACGUGUUACUAGAUGCCGGAGCUUUAGGCCCAAAAGACAUGGAUUCCCUCGGCUUAUCUCUAUUCCGACCCGAUUUCAUCAUCACUUCUUUUUACCGGGUUUUCGGGUUCGACCCGACUGGAUUCGGAUGCCUUCUCAUUAAAAAAUCCGUAAUCCGAAGCCUCCAAAAUCAAUCGGGUCACGCCGGAUCCGGAAUAGUCAAAAUCAGCCCGGUUUUUCCUUUGUAUUUGAGUGAUUCCGUCGAUGGGAUUCCGGGGUUGGCCGGAACCGGAAUCGAAGACGACGACAUCGGAAACGGCGAUUCCGUUUCCGAAACCCGACCCGGCCCGCAAUUACCCGCUUUUUCCGGGGCUUACACAUCGGCCCAAGUUCGUGAAGUGUUUGACACGGAAAUCGAGGCGGAUAACAUCUCGGAUCGAGAUGGAGCGAGCACGAUUUUCGAAGAAGGCGAAAGUUUUUCGGUUGGUGAAGUAAUGAAAAGCCCGGUUUUUAGUGAAGAUGAAUCAUCGGAUAAUUCGUUAUGGAUCGAUUUGGGUCAAAGCCCGAUUGGAUCUGAUUACGGUGGUGGCCCGGUCAACAAAGUCAAAGGGUCAACGUCUCCGGUCCCACCGUUUUGGUUCACGGGUCGAAACAAAAACAAGAAUUUAUCGUCUCCUAAACCGACUUCAAAGAUUGCGAAUAGUCCAGAAGUGAAUCACGGGCUUCAAGAAUCGCGAAUGUUAUCGUUUGAUGCGGCUGUAAUGUCGGUUUCUCAAGAACUUGAUCGGAUUAAAGAAGAUCCUUUAGAAAUCGAAGCAAAAAACACGCCAAAUUUUCAUGAAAUUGAAGAGGAAGAGAUGGAAACGAGCAAAUGGGAUAACGGGUCGAGUUCAAAAAUGACGAAAGAGAGCGCGAUUCGAAGGGAAACGGAAGGGGAAUUCCGGUUGUUGGGAAGGCGGGAAGGGAAUCGGUUUUCCGGUUCCCGUCUUUUCGGGGUGGACGAGAGCGGGACCGAUUCCGGAAGUAAAGGGAGACGGGUUUCGUUUACGAUUGAAGAAGAGGGCAAAAACGUCUUUUUACCAGGGAACGGUGAAGACGAUGAUGAGUAUAUUACGGAUGGUGAUUACGGGUCCGGAAUGGAAUCGAGUAGACGUGAGCCCGAGAUUUCAUGUAAGCAUCUCGACCAUGUCAACAUGUUGGGCCUCAAUAAAACAACUCUUCGGUUACGGUUUUUGGUCAAUUGGCUUGUGACUUCACUUCUUCAAUUACGGAUUCCGGGCCCACACGGGUCGGAUAGUGUCCCAUUGGUUUGUAUAUACGGGCCGAAAAUUAAAUAUGAAAGGGGUGCUUCGGUGGCAUUUAAUGUAAGGGACAGAAAAAAGGGGUUAAUUGACCCGGAAAUUGUUCAGAAAUUGGGGGAGGUGAAUGGGAUUUCUCUUGGAGUUGGGAUUCUUAGUCAUAUAAGGGUAUUGGAGCGUGGGGGGCAAAAUGGGGAUUUGACACUUUGUAAACCGAUGGAGAAUGGAAAUGGAGGAGGAGGGCAAAAUGGGAAAAGUGGGUUUAUUAGGGUUGAAGUGGUGACGGCAUCUUUGGGGUUUUUGACGAAUUUUAGCGAUGUUUAUAAAUUAUGGGCUUUUGUUGCCAAGUUUUUGAAUCCGGAUUUUGAUAAAGAUGGAGGGCUAUCGACUGUUGUGGAAGAUGAAGAUGAAGAAUAAAAAAAAAAAAAAGAGGUUGUUUUUUCUCAUUAUUCUUCUUUUGGGAUGUAAUUUGUUCAUUCUUAUGGUUUUCAUUUGCUUUUGUGGUUUUUGAUUUCGAUCUUGUUGGGGUUAAAUGUUAAUGUUAUCGUAGAGUUUUUAUUUAUAUCGGUUUAAACUUUAUGAUAAGGUUAAAAUUGUAAAAUCCAAUGGACGAAAAUGCCCUUCUCUUUCGUAA